UUUUGUUUUGGUUCCAUAAAAUAAAAAAAUGCGAAAUUCUGGUAUAAAAUUAUUUUCUAUUAUACGCGUCAUCCCAUUAUUCCUAAUUGGCUGGAUUUUUCUUCCAAUGAACCAGGUGGAUUCUCAAGCUAAUAUCAAUGACGUCAUUAACAAGAUGUAUUACGGUUGUUACGGUAACAACGACCCAACACUCGUACCUCGCAUCCUCAUCGCGUCUUGCACGAGUGACCCCUGCGAGGAUCUCGUGUGUGAGAAAUACCCCCAAGCGAAAUGUUUCAGAAACGUUUGCGUGGCGUGUAACGGAAUAUGGUGGAUAGGGGACACAACCGUUGAAUGUGAAACCCACCCAAAGAAGCAGAGGAGGGAUCAAUCUAGGCGUGCAACAUUUCCCGCCCGAACAAAAUCCCCCGCCUACUAUACGACUAAAAUUAAAGGCCGAACCUCUUACGAUGUAGUGACCGUCAAACCUUCUAGCUUUUUAUACAGUAUCAAGAGAGCUGCCAAUUCUAAAAAUCCAACCAAGCAAGAGACACUUCAUAAGAGCAAGGACAGAUCAUUUUACCUACCUUACAUCAAGAAGACUUCCAAUGCGCAAACCAAAUUCGCUAGAGAACUCGAUGGCAGGGUAAAUGAAGUCUACCAAGAUAAGCAACCUUAUCAAGUUUACUUCAAUAGACCCCAGUUAAAGAGAAAACCAUUUUUCAACAUUAAUCUUUCGCUGGAAGUAGCGAAUCCUUCGAUAUCUUCCUCACAAGAAGUCAUAUCAGAUGCCAAACUAUAUUUCGGUUGUUUCGAGGAACCAUCCGAUUUCCCCCUAACUCUCAGAUUGAAUAGGAGUCGCGUUAUAAAAUUUUGCCAAGUCGAUCCUUGCUUAUCCGCCCCUAAGACCUGCGAAAAUUACCCACACGCCGAAUGUUACGCGAAUAUUUGCGAAGAAUGCAAACAGCUGUGGUGGAUACGGGAUACUCUGAUAGAAGACUGCACGGGUCUCCUAAUCAAGUCCAACGCGGUGGUCAUAAGAGCACCGUUCGUUAAACCCGUCGGACUUCAUGAUCACAAGCUAUUCCACGGUUGUGCCAACGUAGAUGAAGUACUAGAUUGUUCCAGCAGCCCGGGCUGGUACGAUGCCUGCGCAUCGCCUAACGACCCCGCCACUCAAAAAGAGGCAGCUUUGGGGUGCUUAAAUUACCCUAACGCGGAGUGCUACCCAAACGCGUGCGGGAUAUGUGGAGUCAAGUACUGGUUCUGGGGUAAUGUGGUCAACUGCUCUGAACCCAUGGGAGAGUUUAAAAUCAGGAAAACUUUCGAUGGAUUUUCGGAGCCUUACUGUCCCGAUGGCUAUACGUGCGAUUGCCCCGCUUUCUCAGAAAAUGUUGUCAAUAAUCCUCCUUCAUCCGUUGCCAGACGGAGAGAUCUCGAUAACGUACAAUAUGGCGGCCCAGUUUCCGAAAAAUCUACAUUUUGUUUCUACGACCCUUGCAGCGUCAGCCCCUGCUUUAAAUUUCCGGAUGCCAAGUGUCUAUCCGAUAAUUGUGGAGGUUCUUGCAACGCAAAUUUUUACCUCGAGUUUCCUAAUAUUGAUGACACGGGUCACUACACCGUCAGAGUUGAAUGUCAAUAA